GCUUAUCGAAAAGUGAUCGAACGUUAAAGAAACAAGGCAAGCUAAAGUUUAAUACGAGUAUAAAAAGUAAGAGGUCGAUGCUGCGGUAUCAGUUACUAAUACAAUAGUUCGGUGCUUUUAACGUUAAGCAAAUACUAAAACAGCUCAGUAACUGCAAAUAUGGACUUUUAUUACGCUGCCGGUUCCGCUCCCAGCCGGUGUGCCCUUAUGACCGCGAAAACACUUAAUAUUGAGCUGAAUAAGAAGCAUUUAGAUCUCACGAGCUGCGACCAAUACAAACCUGAUUAUUUGAAACUGAAUCCACAACACAGCGUUCCAACUUUGGUGGACAAUGGUUUCGUUCUGUUGGAAUCACGCGCCAUUAUGAUCUAUCUGGUUGAGAAAUACGGCAAAGACGACUCCCUGUAUCCCAAGUGUCCUAAGAAGAAGGCCGUGAUCAACCAACGUUUGUACUUCGAUGUGGGCACGUUGUAUAAGAGUUUCUCUGAUUACUAUUUUCCGCAAAUGUUUGGCAAUUCCCCUCCUCUUCCCGAGCUACACGCGAAAGCCGAUGAUGCCUUCAAAUUGCUAGACAUCUUCCUAGAGGGACACACCUAUGUGGCUGGUGACACAUUCAGUUUAGCCGACAUUUCUGUUGUUUCCACUGUGUCCUCAUUUGAAGUGCUCAAUUUUGAUUUCAGCAAACAUGCUAAUGUGAACAAAUGGUAUGCGAAUGCGAAGAAGGAGGUGCCCGGCUUCGAUGAGAACUGGCAGGGCUGUUUGGAGUUCAAGGAGAAAUUUUCAAAAGCAGUUCAAAAAUAGUUUGUAAUGUCAAAUAAUAACUAGUAUGUUUUAAUGUUUAUACUAUUUUUUGGUAAAAUUCUUAUUUAUUGCACAUCUCUUUACUCUUUAAAAUACUCUUGCAACAGGUACUUUGCUACUAUGUACUCGUAAAUAAAAUAAAAAUUACAAUUUA